GUUGCCACGCGUCAGAUGUUUUUACCAGAAUUACAGGAAUUUUAUCAGUUUGUUUAACACUUGGUUUUCAUUUUGUCGUAGUCCUCCGAGUUAUAUUUCCGAUUUUUCCCUAAAAUUCCGACUGGAAGUAGACUACACGAACUGCAUUAAAUCACUAUCUGAAAUUAUAGUCAAAGCGUCACCAGAUUUUGUUGUUUCUGUUUACGACAGUGCUACUUGGUGUGCGACAAGAAACCUGGGACUUUUCAAUUACGGUGACUUUAAGUCUUUAACUUACUGGAUAAUUGACCUUAAAGAUCGACCAGAAUGUUGGACUUCUUCACUAUCUUCUCCAAAGGCGGAAUCGUACUCUUCUAUUUCCAGAGUACGAAGGGGCUUUUUCUUCCCUCUGUGAACGCACUUAUCCGAAGCGUGUUGCUGGAAGAACGCGGUGGAAAGCAACAAUUCCAUCAUGAUAGCCUUCAGUUACAGUAUAAGCUGGAUAACGAAUUUGAUCUCGUCUUUGUGGUUGGCUACCAAAAAUUUUUGCAAUUGAAUUAUGUGGAUAAAUUCUUGAAUGAAAUCCAGUUACGAUUCCGCGACGAAUACAAGAACAACCAGCAGUUGACCGCGUAUGGACAGUAUGAACAAUUUGAGCCCUGCUUUAAAGAAGUUUUGCGCCGAGCUGAAGAUCAGGCUAAAGUUGAGCUGGCACAACCGAAAGCCAUGAAAACAUAUCAAGAUUCCGAAAAAUCCAAAAAAACAAUUGAUUCUUUGAUUGUGAAAAAGGGUGGGGAAGCCAAAAAGGAUAAGGAAAAAGAAAAGCCAAAAGCGGCCAAAUCGGAGAAGACGCUUACAUCACAGCCUCAGAAUAUUAUGGAUGUCGACAGUUCCCCUGAAGAUUCCCCAAAAGCAACCAAUACAGCUGUGGAAGCUAAAAGUGACGACGAAAUCACUAAAAAUCGUGAGAAACUGUUUUCAAAGCGUGGGCCUACAAGUCCGAAAGCAAAACCCAAGAAUGAAAAAAAAACGAAGCAGGCUCGGACUUGGGAUGACGGCGUCAGCGGGAAGGAGGCAGCCAGCUUGAAUUUUAGCAAGGACAAGGGCGCGGGAAAGCCCAAUGGCACGGAAGAGACUGCUGACAUUAAUUUGGUUGGAACAUUGCGAGGUGAACUCCCGGAUAUUGACGUUGGAGAAGAGAACGAGUACAGUGAUGAAGAUGAUGAAGUGGAAAAUCAGCCGGCACAGAAAACUGCCGCCAAAGCUCCGGCAAAGAAGGGUUUUGGUUCCAUGUUCAGCGUUUUCAAAGGUCUUGUGGGCAACCGAACCAUCUCUCAAGACCAGCUAGCGCCUAUUUUAGAUAAAAUGCGCGUGUUGUUGAUUGAGAAAAACGUUGCGGCUGAAAUCGCGGAAAAGCUUGUUAAUUCAGUCGGCGAGAAAUUGGAAGGGAAAUCCCUGGGGACAUUCGAAGGGAUCACAUCUGUUGUCAGAACGGCUUUGCAAGAUGCGUUGGUCAAAAUUUUAACACCUAAGAAACCUGUCAACGUCCUUCGCGAUGCGUUGGCAGCCAAGAAAGCCGGGAAGCCGUUUGUCAUCACGUUCUGCGGUGUGAACGGUGUCGGUAAAUCCACUAAUCUUGCCAAGAUUUGCUUCUGGUUUCUGGAGAAUGAACUGCGGGUGUUGAUUGCCGCCUGCGAUACAUUCCGAGCUGGUGCCGUUGAGCAGCUGCGAACUCAUCGAGCGCGUCUCAAUACAUUACAUCCCAACAGCCAGGUGGAGUUGUACGAGAAGGGCUACGGAAAGGAUGCAGCGGGAAUAGCAGCGGAGGCCAUUCAGUAUGCGCGUGAUAAUAAGUUUGAUGUUGUUUUGGUGGACACGGCUGGUCGCAUGCAGGAUAAUGAACCGUUGAUGCGGUCCUUAGCAAAGCUUAUCAAACUCAAUCAACCGGAUAUGGUACUGUUCGUGGGUGAAGCGCUGGUCGGCAACGAAGCCGUGGAUCAGGUGGUGAAAUUCAAUCAGGCGCUGGCCGAUUUCUCGCAGGCACAAGAGCCCCGCAUUAUUGACGGCAUCGUUCUGACGAAAUUCGAUACGAUCGACGAUAAAGUUGGCGCUGCGGUCAGCAUGGCGUAUAUCACCGGUCAGCCCAUCGUCUUCGUCGGCACUGGACAGACUUACACGGAUUUGAAGAAUUUAAACACUAAAGCCGUGGUCAAUGCGCUUAUGAAGUGAAUUCAAGUUACCAGAUUGGCGGGCAGUUUUUAGGCCACUUUCUUCUGGAAAUAUUUUGUGUUAUUCUGCCGGCAUGCCCGUGCGGAUGCGCCAGGCGGUGUUUUUGUCUAAUUUGCGCUUUUCUGUUUCUAAUUUUCCAGUCGGUGUUUGUGGUGCUUUUUAUGGUUUUAUUCUGUAGUAUACUGCGCAAGUUAUCAUUUGAGAAGUUUUUAUCUGGCGUUCUGGUAGAAGCAUGAAGGUUUUUAUGAGUGCCGUUAUGGGCUAUAAUUCACUGGCAUGUCAGGUCGGUUGGUAAUUAGAGUAUCCUUGGAUGGCCCCUAAUAAAUAUCUCGGCAUA